CAGUUUGCUAAAGACCAUUUUUAAUCUGAACUGAACCACCCCUUUUGCUUCUUAGCCAAAUAACCAAAAUGGCCAGUUAGAACAAGAAUUUAGCAUCCUGCAAAAGAAGUUAACAGCUGAGAAGAAACAUUCUGAAAUGGAUCUCAAAUAUUUCGUCUUAAUUUUGUUUUGUGGACACCUGAACGAUACAUUCUUCUCAGAGACAGAAGCAACUACAACAGAGAAGCAACCACAGUCUACUUCAUUUGGAUCACCAACGCCAUAUAACUCAGCUAAUUCUCAAAACACAACAGGGAAUCCGUUGAGUCAACCAACACAAUUCAAUAACGUUUCUUCUGAACAAGCAAUACCAACUACCACAGUCGCUGCUGGACAACCCACACAAGCUGCCUAUGUCUCUUCUGGAAAACCGGCAGCACACACUUCUGCUGGACAACCACUUGCCUAUAACAUAACCAGACAACCAAUACCAACGGCCAACAUCUCCUCCCAACAAACAGCACUACCUGUGUUCACCUCUGUUAGACAACUACCACCAGCUACCCAUACUUCUACCAGACAAUCACCAACAUUUGUCUAUACUUCCACUCAACCACCAUCAUCUGUCCACACUUCUAGAAAACCAACUUCAACGAAUGUUCAUCAUCCACCCACAAAACAAACAACUGUCAAACAUCCACCUAGGGUUACACCAGGAUUCAUCACAGAAACUACAAGUAAUAAAAAUACUCCACAUAAAACCAAUUCUAAUACAAUAGCUGCCAUAUUAAUUGGUGUAAUUCUGAUUUCUAUGUUGGUAACUAUAAUCAUGAUUGUACUAUGGAAGUGCUUGAGAAAACCAGUUAUAAGCGAUCAAAACUGGGCAGGUAGAUCUCCGUUUGCGGAUGGUGAAACCCCUGACAUAUGUAUAGAUAACAUUAGAGAAAAUGAAGUAUCCACAAAACGUACAUCAAUUGGUUCAUUUAUGGCCUGGAAACCAAACAAAAGCACACUUUUAGCAGAUGAUUUAGAAAUUAAGUUGUUUGAAUCAAGUGAAAACAAUGAAGAUUCUAACAACCUCCAAACAGAGAAAAUAAAAGAUCACGUAAAUGGUACAUCGGAGGAUAGUGCUGAUGGAUCAACAAUUGGUACUGCGGUUUCUUCUUCAGACGAUGCCGAGCUGCCUCCACCACCUCCUUCCCUUCUUGAUUUGGAAGGACGGGAAAGUAACCAAUCUGACAAACCUGGAAUGACAACUGCAUCUCCUCUUCCAAAAGAUUCCACCAAUCUCCCACCAUCUCUGAACAGUCUUAAUGAAGUCUGUGAAGAUCAUAAUUCUGAGUUCAAACAGUCAUUUCCACCUCCUCCUGAUUCACUUAAUUUGCCUCUGCCAUCAGGAGAUUUUAUGAAAAACCAGGAAGAUUACAACAAUGAGAUCCAGUGUCAAGAGUUCUCUAUUCCUCCUAACUCUGAUCAAGAUCUCAAUGAAUCCCUGCCACCUCCACCAGAAGAACUGUUAUAAAUAUUACAACUUGCUUUUUAGCUGAUUUUUUCAUCCUUCUUAAAGGAUUCCAUCUUUUGUUUUUCUUCAUGUGCUGAAAUAUAUUAAAUAGCAACUGGUAGUCAAUUUUGAUUUUUAUUCAGGGACUACCUGAAAUCUGCUCAAAGCCCAUGUGCAUAGGUGGAACUUAUUUUUUAAAAAUUAUAUAACAGUGAUCUAUUUACUGGCUAUAGUAUCUACCUUUAAUGCAUAGUACAUUUUACAUAUGUGGAUGGUACAUAUGUCAAUAACAACCAUUUCUGAAACAAGUAGCCUACGUACACUUAACAUUACCUUAUGGAUUUUUUUUUUUCUGAAAAGCUGUAUAUAAAGUUAUCUUGAAUAAAUAAAAUUUUAUUUUUCCAUUUCAUGGUUUGAGGUGGGGGGAAUGAGAAAUUAAAUACAUACUCCAAGUUUUAAACAAAACUCCAAGUUUUAAAUUAAUACCUGAAGUAUUAAAUAAAUAUUUCAAGUUUGUAGGGACGAGAGAUUAAAAUCCAUGUUUAAGAAUAAAGAAAUCUCCUUUUAGCUGUCACUGGAAACAGUACAACAAACUUAUUAGAACAUCAAAUUGGGGGGUUGGGUUGGGGACAUUUACACUGAAAAUAAUAUGAGCAGGUACCACAAAAUGGAGACAUUUUCCUAUCUUGUUGGGGGAGCACAAAUUUUAAAACUAGCCUCUUUAAAAAGCGUCCUCUUUAUACACCUUAAGCACUCAAAUCAAAUGAAGAGGAAAAGAAGAAACAGCUCUAAUGGCUUCAUUCCAAAUUUGGACAAUUUUUCCAGGAAAAACAGAUUGUAUCAAAAUACAGAUGUUUCUCAACUUUCACUAAACUCAUACUUUGACAACGUACCUUUAAACUCUUAAAACACCUUUCUUAUGUAGAAUUUCACCUUUUAUCCAUUACCUGACAAUAGAUAAAUCUGAGUUAUUAGAGUAGAGGUGGACCCAAUCUUUGUCAAAGUCAAGGCGGAGCAUGUUCAUGGGCCUACGCUCAUGGAGAUGCUAGCCUGUGCCUGCAGGAGUGUCCUUUUGCCCCAAAAGCACACAUUCUUCACCCUCACCACUACCCUAACUCCUGGGGAAACAGUCACUUAGAAUGACAGGUGGCGGCCUUAUUGGUAGCUUAACCUUGGAGAACCACUCAUAGUUCUGGGAUUUUUUCAGAACAAAAUAUAGUAUUUAUUUGCAGCAUUGGUGUUCAAGAAACUAAUAAAGUUCUAUCUUUAAUAAAAACUAGCAGGCUUUUGGGGCCGGCCCCAUGGCCAAGUGGUUAAGUCCGUGUGCUCUGUGUCGGCGGCCCAGGGUUUCACGGG